CUACAGUAGUCGUGCUGGAGAUUCGGGCUAGGAAGUCGAAUAUCUUGUUCCAUAGAUGACUUCCGUUUUUGAAAGUCUAUCAGCCUUUCCCCCCAUAAUUCCUAAGCGGCCAGGGACCCGCUGUAAUGUGAAUGUUAUAUUAAAUUUUGAUAUUCUUAAUGUAUUAAUGACCACUAGUUGAUUAACGAAUUGGUUAUAUUUUUAAUUAAUGUAUGCGUUGUCAUCAACUAUGCAUAAGUAUGCUAAAUAUCAACUUGAUCCGAGCAUGGGAAAUGGGAGAAAAAAAUGUAUAUAAGAUUUGUACCAGAGACGAAGUGACUAUAAGCUUUGUAAAAAAAAAAAAAAUCAUUUGAUGUGUCGCGUAACAUGACCCUAGGUGACGAUCAGGUCAAGGUAACCCUACUAACUUUAAAGUUUUUAUUUUAGGGCGACAGUUUUGUCGAUUUAGGUGGUAACCUGUUGCCUAUGUGACGUAGCCACUUCGACGGUCCUUGGUUCGAGUCCUCGGUGAGGCUUAUCCAGGUUUCAUAAUAGUUGUUUCACCUUCCUCUCAAUAACUAUUGUUGUACCUUGGUGCUGCUACAAUAUAUUCUCUAUAUGCAACAUGUCUUUCACCAAAUUUGUUCUAUAUUCUUAGUUCAAUAAGUAUUGAAACUUAUAUCAACAAUUCUAGUCGGCUACUACCCUGCGAAGCUAAUCCUAUAUAAUUCGCCAUCCCUCGUUUCAUACUGGUUAGAUGUCACUUCAAGGGCGCCAACUCUUACACAUGAACAAUGAGACCCUCUACAGUCAUCACAAUGUUCGCUGGCUUGACUGUGAGUUAUGCAGCAGUUAUAGUGAUGAUGGAUCAAUGCCAAGAUGGCCACAAAAAGGGAGAGACGUGGUAUCUAGCAAAUUGUGAGCAAUGCGUAUGCUGGAACGACUACUAUUACUGUGAAAGCUGCGGUGUUCAAACUAUGGUCUACGACCACACUACAUGUUACACUAAGACCAACGACACUGCCAACUACCCAGAAUGUUGCACACCACAUCUGUACUGCGAGGGAGAUACGGACUUUAACCCAGCCAAUUUAAAUUUAGAAAAUCCAGCUCAGUGGGAACGCAUUUCAGCCCAUUAACCCUUAAAACGCGUGUGGUAGUUUAGCCUCUAAACAUCAGAAUUGUAAUUCCGUUUUGUAUGCACUCAUUUUAACGCAGCUCAGCACUUUAAGGGUUAAAAGA